UGGCGUUUGUGCUUAUCGCAGUGUUGGGUACAGCUGGGAGUGCCUUGCAGCAGAGCAAGCGUAUUUUCCUUACACGUCAACGUGUAGCUUACGGAAUAUAUAUAUACGGAUGUAUAGUCGUUGAGACAUUGGACUGACACGUUGGACGGGUGUUUCGUGUUUCACGGACGUCCAAAUCGAUCAAAAUUCUUUCUCGAGGCCUAGUGGAAGAAGUAAAUCCUCGGGCUAACCUGCGCGCUCCGGUCGGGAUGACAGGACAUGUUGCCGGUGAGAGCUGUUGAAGAAAAGUAUGCUGUUUUCUGACGGGGCUGUCAUGCUGCUUAUGGAUGUCAGGGUUUAAACUCAUUGCGCUCUCCUCUGCACCCUGUUGAUAACCCUGCUCCUCUAAAAGGCGCACCCUUACAGCUGAAGACAAAUCAAACCUGCCAAACAUGAACCGAUAUUUGCCGGUGGCACGGCAGCACUUCCUGACUGCUCUAGCCAGCACGAGUGUGGUGGUGAAAUGUAUAUGUGUCACCGUGUUUGUGCUUUACCUCAUCUCGUGGCUGGCAGACACACACGUGGCUCUCGGAAUCACGCCUGGAUACCUCUUUCCCCCCAACUUCUGGAUCUGGACUUUAUUGACGCAUGGCGUGGUGGAGCAGCACAUGUGGGACGUAGUUUUAAAUCUGGGAACCGUGAUCAUUGCGGGGAGACUGCUGGAGCCUCUCUGGGGUGCUCUGGAGUUACUUGUCUUCUUUGUGGUGGUGAACAUUGCUGCUGGUUUGCUUUCAGGCCUCUCCUAUGUUCUCGCCUAUGCUGCCACCUUUGACCUAGGCUACCUGUUUGAUGUCCACAUCAGCGGCGCUCCGGCGUUUCUCGGCGCCGUCCUGGUAGCACUAAAGCAGACGUCAGGUGACACGACUGUGCUCCGAGUGCCUCAGAUUCGUCUGAAGGCAGCCCCAGCACUGGUCCUGCUAGCCUUAGCUAUCUUGCGGCUAGCUGGGCUGCUGGAGAACUCUGCGUCUGUGGUGGCCUGCAGCUAUGGUGCAUUAGUAGGCUGGGUAUACUUGCGCUUCUACCAGAGGCACAGUCGUGGGCGUGGCGACAUGUCGGACCACUUUGCCUUCGCUUCCUUCUUCCCAGAGGCACUUCAGCCUGCAGUGGGCUUCAUUGCCAGCCUGGUGCAUGCUGCCCUUGUCAAGAUGAAGGUGUGUCGCAAGAUGGUGAAGCGCUACGAUGUCGGCGCACCGUCAUCCAUCACGAUCAGCCUGCCUGGCACAGACCCACAGGAUGCUGAGAGGAGACGGCAGCUUGCGCUGAAGGCUCUGAACGAGCGUCUGAAGCGAGUGGAAGAUCAGUCCGCUUGGCCCAGCAUGGAGGACGAGGAAGACAACGACGAAGACGAAGUUCGGACAGAUGCUCCCCUGCUCCCAACCCGUGACCCGUCGCCACCGACUCCCAGCACUACCCAGAAUUCCACAGGGCAAGAGUCGAGCAUCAUAAGCUUUGAAGACGCCCCCACUCACUCCUAACAGACACGUGCGCGCGCGCACACACACACAUGUACACAGGUACAGCAACUGUCGAGUGUGAAUCGGACAAACAGGAUCACAACGCCUGCCAAAGAGGCGGUGAUGAUUUACCUUUUGAGGGCAAGAUGGCUUGCCAUAGGUAGUUUAUAAAUCUUGCUCUGUUCUGAUAAACGCUCUUACACAAUCAAGACCACGCACACACUGAUGUGUUCAGCUUAGACAGUGUACAGAUGAACUUUUCUAAAAGUGUGGAACCGUGGCCCUCCUUUUUUUUUUUUUUUUUUUUUUUUGUUGCUAUGUUCAAACAAGAUCUUCACAUCUGUGUGUGUGUGUGUGUUUAUGCGAGUAUGUGUGUGUUUGUACUUGUAUGUGUGUGCAUAAGGAUUCAGGAAAGAGUUUGUUCUAAUUAAGUAUGUCAUCUGCUGCUGGCAAAAACUACUAGGCUGUAGAGUUGGCUUAUGGGUAACUCCUAGCUUUUUAAGCUUUUACCCCCUCCCCCCCUCACCCCAGCAGCAGGUUACAGUUAAGCA